CCGAUACUUUUUUUUCCUCAAUAAAUUCUGAUUUUCUUUUUCUUGCUCGACCAUUUUGGGUGGGGAAUGAUCACUUACAGUAUGUUUUUGAAUGUGUUUUACGUUAUUUUCUCAUCUUUUUUUUAGAUUUUAUAAAACAAUGUACAAAAAGUAUUAAAACAUUGAAUGGUUGGACCUACCUUGAGAAAUGUGGAGGUCAAAUAAAAUUAAUUUUACCUGUAAAGAUUAUCGUCCAUUCUAAUUUCAUCCUAGUUUCACUCGAAAGAGGAAUAACCCAAACGUUUUUGUGGCUAGUGUAUACUAAGGAUGAGGAAAUAGUGGCACUAAAUCAGAACAAUUGCCCCCCCACCCCCCAUCGGCGACACGCCUACGGCAUUCUUCAGGACACCCACAAGGAAACUCCCUUUACUGGAGGCCCGUCAUUUUUAGUCAACGCGUUACUUAGAUGUGUUUUGACUGCGUAUGAUGUGAUCAGAGGCGCGUGUCCGUCGCUGAGGUCCCAGCCAGGAGCCGCCGUACACCUCCGCCGCCUCGCCGGCCCCACGGGAAUGUGGCCCCACACAUGAACGCCGGCCAAAGGAGUGGCAACAUCUCAGCCGGAGGCUGCUGGCGUCGCCAUGGACUGCUGCAUGAACCGCUGCCUGCCCCCCGAAGAGGCCGAGAAGCGCAGGAUCAACAGAGCCAUCAAUAGGCAACUGCAACGUGAUAAGAGACAGUAUCAGAGUACCAUCAAGCUCCUCUUUUUAGGGACGGCGGAGAGCGGCAAGAGCACCUUCCUCAAGCAGAUCCGCAUCCUCCAUGGCAACGGCUACACUGAGGCACAGCGGAUUGCCUUCGCUCGCUUGGUGUGCCAGAACGUGGUCACCUCCAUCCAAGUGCUCAUCGAGGCCAUGCGGGUCUUCUGCGCGGACUACGUGGACAAACGCAACCUUGCCCUGGCGGAACGUCUGAGGCAAGUGGAGGCCGAGAAGGUGGACAGGUUGGAGGCUUGGCAAGUGCGCGCCAUCAAGAUUUUGUGGAGCGAUUCCGGCGUUCAGCACUGCUACGAGCGAAGACGCGAAUUCCACCUGUCCGAUUCGGCCAAAUAUUACUUCAACGACAUAGAUCGAAUCACUGCACCGGGUUACAUCCCGAAUGUGCAGGACAUCUUGAGGGUCCGCGUCCCCACCACGGGCAUCAUCGAGUACCCUUUCCUUAUAAAGGACGUUAUCUUCAGGAUGGUGGACGUGGGCGGUCAGCGUUCUGAAAGGAGGAAGUGGAUCCACUGCAUGGACAACGUCAUUUCCAUCGUCUUCCUGGCCGCUCUCAAUGAGUACGACAGCGUCAUGCUUGAGAACCCCGCACAUAAUCGGAUGGAAGAGAGCUUGGCUUUGUUCGAGACCAUCGUCAAGUACCCGUGGUUUAGCGAGACCUCCUUCAUCCUCUUCCUGAACAAGAAGGACCUUCUGGAGGAGAAAGUCCAGCAUUCAGAUGUGGCCACCUACUUCCCGCAGUACAAGGGGCCUCGGAAGGACGCCAAACGCGCCCAAGUGUUUUUCCUGGAGCUUUACAAGAUUCCGCACAAGGGCCACAGGAGGCCUUUGUUCAUGCACUACACCUGCGCCACCGACACCAGCAACGCCAAAGUGGUCUUCAACAGUGUCAAGGACACCAUCUUCAGAGAAAUCUUGGAAUUCACUCAGCUAUAGUCAGCUUUUGGAAUGAAUUGACUUUAAUAUGUUGUUGCAGCUUUAACCAUCCCAUAAAAGCAGCAAGGUACAUUAUGGUUUCUUUCCCUUUGUUCAUUUUUUUUAAGCAAAGACUUUAAAAACUGUUUUGGCAAAAGUCGUCUGUGGUGAAAUGCGACCAAACCCUACUUGCGCUUCUGCGAGGAGGAAAUACAAUGUCUUUGUUUAUGAUAAUUAACAGAUGCUCAAUUUACAACAAGUUAAAUUGCGAGAGUGAUGUGACAAGAAAAUUGCCCUACUGCACCUUUCAAUCACAAUGGGCUCAAGGUCGGAGGGCUUGCACAGACUAGACUAGUCAACUAGUCGAUUGCUAACGGUUAGCAUCAAUAGUCGCAGGUCUACAACCAUUUAAGCAAUGGUUACUUAGGGGAGGACACAACGGAUUAAAGGCAAGUUUCCACUCAUUUUCAGUUUUGAGCUACAAGCGUGGUCACGAAUUCAACUUGUCUCUCAAGGCGCCACUGUAUUUUUAUGACGGCUUAUUAACCAAAAGGGCCGACUAACCAAGCGUUUCACUGCGUAGGUUCAUGAUCAAUAUGUGUGCCAGAUUAGAUUUUUUUUUAUUAUCCUUACCUGUAUUGAAGGCAUUUUUUUUUUGUAUGUUGAAGAUGACUUAUAAUGUCUAAAAAAAUAAAUAAAAAUCAAGCGAUUUCAA